AUGGUUGAGAAACUCUGCUUUAAGGGAGUAAAAGAGUGUUACUACUGCUGGAUGAAACAAUGCAUGUCAAUGAACGUCUUUGUAGAUCGAGGUACGGAAAGCAACAUACUUCAGAAUUUUGAAUUUCAAAAUUUAUUUAAAUGUAAAUAUUUUUGCCAUUCACUAUUUACUAUAACUUGA